AACCAUCUCUUUCCAACCAUGCAAUCUCAUAAAGUUUCAUUAGCAUCAACUCUCCUUUACUGCUUAGCCAUCCAAGUCUCCUCCAUCGACACUCUAAAACAAGGACAAAGCCUCAACUCAACAUCCCAACUCAUCUCCAACAAUGGCGCUUUCUCCCUCCGUUUCUACACUCCUCCAAACUCCAACUCCACCUACUUAGCCCUCUGGUUCACCGGCAUGUCGAGGGCCUCUUCCCCGGUCUGGAUCGGAAACUGCCGAAACCCUAUCCCUACCAACUCAACCCCCACCUUGACACUCGGCGACAGAGGCCAGCUCACCAUCACCCACGACGGCGGCGGCGCGCCCAUCGAUCUCUACGCCGGCCGAUCAUCCGAGGUACAAAACGUCACGGCCACGCUGACCGACACGGGAAACUUCCUGGUGAAUUCCAACGGGCCCGCCGGCCUCUUCUGGCACAGCUUCGACCAACCCUCCGAUACCCUCCUCGGAGGGAUGAGGCUUGGCGUUGAACGAAGCAUCAAUAGGAACUGGACGCUCACUUCUUGGGCCGCGGAGAACGAUCCGGCGCCGGGAGCUUAUUCUAUGGAGUGGGAUUCGAGCACGCGGAAUUUGGUGGUGAGGAGGCGUGGGGCGGCUAUAUGGAGGAGCGGCGAGCUGAAAUACUACCGCGACGAGUCGGGGCAGUCGCGGGCGGAGUUCGAGAAUGUGGGCUUCCGGCGAAAUGUGUUUAACUUCAACUUCAACUUCACCGUGGAGGAGGAGGAGGAGGAGGAGUAUGUUAUGUUCUCGGUGCUGCCGUUUCCCGGGUCGCCGCCGCAGGUUUUGUCGGGCUGGAGGCUGAUGUCUGAUGGGGAUAUAGUUGAUGUCGACAGGUCCCUGAUUCUCGCGGAGCCUGCUGAGCCGGCUCCGCCGCCUGAUAGUGCGGCGGCGGGGAUACGUGCGUGGGCUGGUUUCGCAUUCGCGGCGGCGGUUUUGGACUUGGUGUUGUUUGUAAUCUAAAAUCUAAGUCAUACUUUGUUGUGUGCAUAAAUUAUGAUCACUAGUUGUGUAUGUUUGUUGAUAUUAUAAAGAGAAAUUCGUAUGUUUGAGAAUAAUAUAGUAAUAUUCUAAUAAAAUCGACCUAAUUUAUUUA